AUGCUGAUGGGUGUGUCCGCAGACGAUGAGGGAAAGGCGGCAGCUAUUGUUCAACAAAGCCUUGUGCUUGCCUGCUGGAUGGCAGAACGUUAUUUGGUAGAAGGCCGCCCUCUACCGUUGCUCCAAAGCUUGCUGUGCGCUUUGAUUUGGUUUGGCUCGACGGUUGUCGAAUGGGCCGGGCCUCGUCCUUACGACAACAUGAGUUUGGGGCUGCCUGGGCAGAUCGCAGGCUGCGAUGGGGGUUACCGAUCUCCGUUUCUGAUUUAUGCAUCUGUGUGGCUGACUGGCCUCACCUUUGGCACGCUCCUUUUGUUCUGCGAGGAAGGCACGAGCCUCGUCACGUGUAUAGAUCCGAGUGACGACGAGGCGACGGUGCCUCCCGACCCUGAGCAGGAGAAGAUUCGCCUUCUGCAGCCUUUCAGGAGAAAGGCCCUGCCAAUUGUUUACGGUAUGGCGACAUCAAUGUCUGGGAUAUUGUUUGCCACUGGCACGGCUGGGAAUGACAUGCGCUAUGUCAUCGGCGGCGCCGUCCUGACAGUCAUUGCGGUGCUGUGUGCCUGGGACUUUCUUUGGCGCCUGGAGCUGCCCCUCAGCACUUGGGCCGCCACGUUUCAGGGCUUCGCCACCUCACUGCAGGUGGUGCAAGGCCAUUUCGUGUUUCGAGACUUCAGGUGGGAUCCUGAAGAUGUACAUGGUUUUCUUGUUGUCUACAAGUUUCCCGGCUUACAGUUUUUCAUGACUGGGAUGUUCACCCUGUUUGUUUCGCUUCAGCUCUACAUGUACACCAGUUCCUGGCCAGAGUGGAGCACUGCCGGGGAGCAGGUGACAAGCCCGCUCCACUUGUCGAGCUCGUCCAGGGAUGAGAGGGUUGACAGCCUCGAUGAAUCGAGCUUGCAAAGGAAACGAAUUUGCAGGGGAAGCCGGUUGUGGCAAUGGCUUCUUCUUCCUUCCUGCAUGUUUUGCAUCGUCGUCGGUACCCACAUACCGUUGAUCCAGACCGAAUUCACCCUGCCCGACAUCAAGUGGCUCCACGAUGCAGAGGCCAUUGAAAGGUUCGAGGCGAAUCAUACACCAGGGUAUGGUCAUCGAUUUACCGAUGGCGACGCGUACAUCGAUGUCAUCACCUGGCUGUAUGACAGUCGGCUGCCUUGUUCGGCUUUCGUGGUCAGCUACAACGCCAUGAUCCUUCCGCCUGUCCAAUUCCUUCUCUUCUUCUUCAUUCUUCUCCGGCCGUCCUUCAUCCCUGAUGACCUCUAUACGUCCAUGCAAGCGUACGUGAUGAAUUUGGCCCCAAUGCGCUUCACCCAGCCGUGCAUUAUGAUGCUCAUCGUUGGCAUAGCUAACAUGCCUGGUCCUGGCGACACCCUCUUCGGGGGCUGGUUCACACAUGGCUACUGGUACUUCAUCUCGUACUGCAUGGGAGCCAUUUUGCUGGCAUGGUCGGUUCAACCUGCGGAAGAGGACGGAAGCAAGUACUCGGUACAGGAGGAUGAGUCCUUUCCUUGCGAGGCGGCAGUUUGUGGCGACGAUAAAGAGGUCAUAGCACCUCUGCCGAACGGGAAUGGCAGCGCGAAUGGGGUUCAACAUGGUGACUCUUCAAGAGCAUUGAUGGGGUCGUACAGGAAAGGAAGCAACGGUGACGACGAUUCCGACGAAGCGUCGGAGGGUUCGGAACCAGACGGAGAUGCCCUGUCCACCAAACCUCUGGAGGUCGCUGCAUGUAUCGUUGCUGGAAGCUUCAUGGUUGGCUUGACUUAUGUGGCAUUGACGCGGACUUACCUGCACAUCAACUACCGGAUCUCAGGAUCGGAGCUUGGAAUCAGUGGGACACCACAUGCUCUGAUGCUGGCAGGGCGAGCUUAA